AGAGAGAGUCUGGACUUGAAAAAAGUUGGAAUUGGAGGGGAGAGUGUGUAGAGAGGCAUGAUUGUAACUGCCCUACAAGAGACAGGACAGUAAGCAACAAGACUAAAUGAAACUAUGGAUUGCUUAAUUUAGAUAGUGAGCUAGCUGUGUAUCGAAGCAGGCUGAAAAGAAGUGCGAGACACCGCAGCACCAGAUAGCGCUCCAGGUGACCGGAAAAGCCUGGUAGCUCCUCUGGCAACGUGGGACAAAGCUGGGUCUUCAGUUAAUAGCCGAUCUUGCCACUACGGUGGAUUGCACCGGAAGAUUCCCCACCGCAGUACCCAGAUAGCGCUCCAGGUUACCGAGAAAACCUGGUAGCUCCUCUGGCAACGUGGGAUGCAACAGUGGGUUUGAGUCAUCGCUUCAGCUGGGUUCGUUGAAUAGAUGCAGCAUACGAUUGGGAGGUGACACAUAAGGACCCGAACACUACUCUGGAGUUUAUAGACGGCUUCAACAAUUGGGGGCUCGUCCGGGAUUUGGAACAACAGGCGAAAGAAAUCCGGACCACUGACGAGGACCAACAGGCAUCAGACACGGGCUAGCCAAAACUACAAAACAGUAUCUGGAUCAGGAUUCCUCUGACUACAACACUAACAGUGGCUCAGAAGACACACAUGAUGAUGGUGGUGGGAUGACAAAUCUGGAUCAGGAUUCCUUUGACAACAGAUCUGAAAAUGCACAUGAUGGUGAUGACAUUACAAGCCUGCAUGCAGACCCUGAAUCCGAUGAACUACCUCCACAUUUGAGCCAAACAACAGAGUCAUCAGCCUUCAGCUUAGAGGACUGUGUUGAUUUUGGUGUGUUUCAACCACUAUGGCAGUCUUAUACUGACUCUGAAUCCUUUGGCAGUGGAGAAGAAUUUCCCAUGGAAGAUAGCGCUGACAAGUCUGCAAAUGAACAAUUACAUUUCGGAGUAGGCUUUAAUGAAAGGGUUCCUCCAGUAAAUGAUGAGCCACUGUACACAGGCUCACGACUAACCAACGCUCAGAGUUUUUUACUUAUACUUUCAUAUGCUUUGAGACACUUGCUUACUGGUGUAGCCCUGUCUGAUCUUUUAGAUUUGAUUAAUAUCCACUGCCCAGAAAAUGUUCUAACUUCAAAGCAUCUGUUCUUAAAAGAGCUUAAGCCAAUACAAGGUCACCUAGAAUGUCACAUAAACUGUCCCAACUGUGAAUAUUACAUUGGCAACCAAGUCACCGAGGGGCAGUGUUGUGUGUGUAACUCUACAUGGGAUAGAAACAGCUCACUGAAAAAUGGAAAUUUCUUCCUAUACUUACCCAUCCAAACACAACUGGAACAUCUUCUUCAAAGAGAAGAUAUUGCAUGUUGGGUCAAGUCAGGAGACGGCACAUGUAAUUCAGAAAAUUAUGAUGACAUAUGUUGUGGUAAAAUGUAUCUUAAUUUGAAAAAAGAUGGAGGCCCAAUGGAUAAUCCUCAUGUGUUCUCCUUAACUUUGAAUUGUGAUGGAGUUCCAGUAUUCAAAUCAUCCCAGUAUGCAAUUUGGCCAUUACAAGCGAUGGUAAAUGAGCUUCCUUAUCAUGUCCGUAAAGAGAACGUUUUACUUUUUGGCCUAUGGUUUGGUACUAAGAAGCCAAAUGUUAAUACAUUUUUUAAAACCAUUCACACAAGACUGUCAGUCAUUGUCAACUGUUGGCUUCAAGUUACACAGAAACAACACUGUGAAUCAUUGCAAAGUUAUAGCAGCUGUUAUGAUGUGUGAUUCAGUUGCCAGACCCAUUCUGCAAAACAUGACCCAAUUUAAUGUUCAUUAUGGGUGCAGCUUCUGCCUACAUCCUGGUGAACAAGUUCCAAAGGGAAAUGGAACUGUUAGGGUUUAUCCAUACAAAGACGUUCAAAAAAGGGAUCAUGCUUCAACCCUAACUGAUGCAAGGGAGGCUAUACGUACCACACAAUCUGAGAGGCAUUAAAGGGCCCACAUGUCUUAUCAACAUCCCACACUAUGACAUCAUAUCUGGAAUGCCUCCUGAUCAUAUGCAUAAUGUACAUCUUGGAGUUGUUCGGCAAAUGACAAGCAUGUGGCUGGAUAGUGAACACCCUGAGGAGCCAUACUAUAUCGGUAAUCGUGUUCCUGAGCUCGACCAGCAACUCUUGAGAAUUAACCACCUUGCAACAUCACAAGAGUGCCCCGCUCUUUUAAGCAAAGAAAGUUUUGGAAAGCCAGUGAAUGGCAGAACUUCUCACUUUUUUAUAGUAUCUUUGUGCUGAAGGGAAUAGUACCUCAUGCAUUUUACCAGCACUGGUUAAUCCUUGUUACCUUCAUGUUCUUACUAUGUAAGGACACUGUCACAUCUGAGGGGUUACAAAAAUGUGAAAAACUAGUUGUUGAGUUUGUCAAACAGUUUGAAAAACUCUAUGGUAAGGAAAAUGUGUCAUUUAAUGUACAUUUAUGUUUUCAUUUGCCAGACUCUAUUGGGGACCAUUGUGGGCACAUUCAGGAUAUAUUUUUGAGUCUUCUAAUGGGGAGAUACUGAAGAUGUUUCAUGGCACUCAGUGUGUUCCUUUACAAAUAAUGAAACAAUUUGCAUAUAGACAAGUGAUGUCUCUUUUGAAAAACAGUGUAUUGAAAAAUGUUUUGCCUGGAUGUAUACAGCUGUAUAACAGCUUGACUGGUGAAAAAAAGCUGAAACACUUUGAAAGAGUAGCAGAUGAAGUUGUGACCCUUGGUUUACACUAUGCACGAAAAUUUACUAAUGAAGAGAUACUGGCUAUGAGAGAUACACUUUCUGUCACCACGGAUACAGUUGUGAAAAUUUUCACUAGAACUUUAGUCAGAGGAGAACUGUAUUACUCAGAGCAUUUCAUUAGAAUAACGAAAAGGAACAGCUUCACAGUUUUGUUCGAAAAUGGACACAUAAUCACUGUGUAUUAUUACAUUGUGGUAGAGAGACUUCAUAACAGAAUGUGUUUUGCUGUUGGGAGACAGUAUGACAAAUCACACAGUUCAGUGAUACAUUUAGAACAUGUAGUUGGCUUGAAAAGAGUGUUAGAGGGCAGGAAGCAGGUUUUUGAUGUGAUGACAUUCAACAGGAAAUGUAUGUUAGUUGAUCUGCCGCAUUAUGCCAACUUUUAUGCAUGUAUACCUCCACGUUUAAGUGUGGAGGACUGAAAUGUCUUGUUGAGGAUGACAUGUCAUGUAGGCAAGUGGACUCAAAGAAAUGUUUGCUUUAUUUUUUGCUGCUGUCAAUAAUGAUUUAACUUAUGUUCUGUAAUCUACAUUUCACAAUAUAUGAAUCAUACGUAGCCAUAUAUGGUCCAUAGGCUUUAAAAUGUAAAAUACAAUGAAUGUGAUACAAAAUGUAAUUUUGAGCUUGCUUGACUCAAACAAAUACUUUGUUGUAAUAAACAUACAUGCAGUAAUGUAAUUCAGUUUUGUAUGCACAGCAAUGUAUUCUAAAACAUAUAAAUCAAUAUAGAGCAA